GGACUCCGCUCAAGAGAUUCCUUCCUUCUCGCGUGGUUGCUCAGGGCCGGUUGGUGCCAGAAGUUUUAAUUGGUAUUUUCCUCGUUUGUCAGGAUUAAAUGUUAAGUAUCACCUGGUUUGAGUACAGCUCUGAGAAUCCUGCUGAUACGGGCUAGGUCAGGGAAUCAGCUCUAGAGCCUAGCUGCUGCCCCUUCGUUUACGCAUCCUCCAAACAAAUUUUAAAUUGAAAUUGUCAUUUUCCGGAGGCCUCUCCCUGGCGGGAUCCAGCGGAGAAACAGAACCAGAGAGGAAAUGUGUGGGUAUGAGAGGAGUUUUCUUUUUCAAUUUUGACUAAUAGUGUGUGGAGUGAGCUUCUUUGAUCGAAGGAGAGCAGAGUUAAAGGGUCCGGGGUCCGAGCAUCUUCAGAUCGGAGAUCAAAGCCAGCGCGAAGGUGAUCAGGAAUGGGAUUGGAAGGUGAAAUAGAAUUGUGCCAGAUGAGUUACCCCAGACGGGCCCGCGGCAACUCGGUGUCCGCUUGGCUUUCAGACUGAAUAAUCUAGCCAGCUGGCAGCCAUGAAUGAAUGGAUGAAGAAAGGCCCCUUAGAAUGGCAAGAUUACACUUACAAAGAAGUCAGAGUGACAGCCAGUGAGAAGGAGUAUAAAGGAUGGGUUUUAACCACAGACCCAGUCUCUGCCAAUAUUGUCCUCGUGAACUUCCUUGAAGAUGGCAGCAUGUCUGUGACCGGAAUCAUGGGACAUGGUGUGCAGACUGUUGAAAUUGUGAAUGAAGGGGACCAUAACGUGAGAGAGAAACUGAUGCAUUUGUUCAUGUCUGGAGACUGCAAGGCAUACAGCCCGGAGGAUCUGGAAGAGAGAAAGAACAGCCUGAAGAAAUGGCUGGAGAAGAACCACAUCCCCAUCACUGAACAGGGAGAUUCACGAAGGACUCUCUGUGUGGCUGGGGUCUUGACUAUAGACCCCCCAUAUGGUCCAGAAAAUUGCAGUAGUUCUAAUGAGAUUAUUUUGUCCCGUGUUCAGGAUCUUAUUCAAGGACAUCUUGCAGCUUCCCACUGAAAGGCUGAGAACUGUAGGUGCACUGACUGAAAUAAGACUUCCUCUUUUGGAAAGUCUUUGUUGUUUCUGCUGAAAUAAAAGAUAUGGAUCAUGAGUGCUAAUAAGUAAACCGGGCAGGAUGGCACCUCAAACAAAACUGUAACAGGGACAUCAGAAUUACGAGUCUUUUCUUGUGAUGGGGAUACACCUCCAUUUUUGUUAGACAAGAAAUGUAUUCGGAAAAGAUGGAACAUGUUAAAUUUGUUAUAAAAUUCAAAGUUAAAAUACAAUCUCAGUUUUUGUUUUGUUUUGGUCUUUUUAGGACCACACUCACAGCAUACGGAGGUUCCCAGGCUAGGGGUCAAAUCAGAGCUGUAGCUGUCUGCCUGUACCACAGCCACAGCAACAUGGGAUCCAAACUGCGUCUGCAACCUAUACCACAGCUCACAGCAACACCAGAUCCUAAUCCACUGAUCAAGGCCAGGAAUUGAACCUGUGUCCUCAUGGAUGCUAGUUGGGUUUGCUAACCACUGAGCCAUAAUGGGGACUCCCACAAUCUUGUUAUAGCCUUCCUUUGCACUAACUAAAUGCAUCUAUUGUUUUUAUUUUUUGCCUUUUCUAGGGCCACUCCUGUGGCAAAUGGAGGUUCCCAAGCUAGGGGUCAAAUUGGAGCUGUAGCCGCCGGCCUACGUCAGAGCCACAGCAAUGUGGGAUCCAAACUGCGUCUGUAACUUACACCACAGUUCACAGCAACGCCAGAUCUUUAACCCACUGAGCAAGGCCAGGGAUCGAACCUGCAACCUCAUGGUUCCUAGUUGGAUUUGUUAACCACUGAGUCAUGACGGGAACUCCAAAUGUGUCUAUUUUAAAAAGGUUAUUUUUUAAAGUUGUUUGUAUAAUGAUGAAAUAGUUUUUUUGAUUAGACUAUAUGCUUUUUUGGUUGAGACUUGAAAGUUUUGAUUGUUGGUAAAAUCUUAACACAUAAACCUUAUAACUCUGAAAAGCCUUGAAAGUGAGCAGUGGCUGAUAUCUCUGAGGAAAAAGGUGACAGGUAUUUUGCUGCUGAGCUCAACCCAGUUCUUUUGCCUGGUGGGUUUGGCUCAGACUUCUGAGUCACAGUGCUCUGAUCCUACCACUUGGAAGCCAGUCAGAGAGGUUUCUGGCCCACAAAGGAACCCCAGAUUGUUAGUUUAGGCUACUCAAAAUGGCUAUUCUCUUGCUGUCUGUACAUCCUCAUGGGUGACCAGUCUCUACUUCACCUACGCCUACUCAUGUGAAUGUGUUUACCCUCUGCCCCUUAGGCCAGAACAGCUCCACCUGCUAGUUUAUUCAAGGGAAGCUAGUUUCCCUGGUAACUGAUGAGCCAGCCCGGUGUCAAUUCCUCCUAUAAAUGGUAGCCUCCUCCCACAGCUAGGGAAGUCUGUAGCCAUAUUCUCCUCACCCUCAGCCACACGUGGUGGAGUGUUACUUCAGGACCUUGCUUCAAAUGUGCUUCUCUUGGUCUCAAGGCUGAGCAUCCACAAGGCUUGCAGACCUGCGGGGUGCAGCCCAACAACUGACAAGGCAGCCAGGAGGCCGAGGAAACUCCCACCCAUCAUUCAACCUUAAUCAUCUCUGCUGUCCUUGGUCCUGAAGGAAUGCCCUAUACUUCGUACUAUCAAGGCUCCCCCAUGGCCUGAGCUCACGGGAUAGACUCAUCAUCCCUUACCUGAUGGGAAGCAGCUGCAAAACGGAUCCAGCCAUCAUCCAAGGAGACGACAAACUCUCCCCUUUGGAGCUGCACGUUCACUUGGCCUCCUCCGAACAAGACCAGCGGGUACACAGACACCAUGCUGCAGUCUCGGAUGAAUACCCGACUAGUUUUGAUCUUCUCGUGGUACACCAGGUAAGGGCUGUCAAAGUGUCUGACCUGGAACGUAUGACAGUGAUGUCACUGGCAACAUAAGGGGAACUCCGCCAGUCCCAUGGAUUUAACUGUCACCUGUCCAAUGACUCCCAAAAUGAUCUUCAGCCUGUACCUUUCUCCUGAGCUCCAGACUUGUAUGUGCAACUGCUUACUUGAUGUUUCACCUGGACAGUGAACAAGCACCUCAGAUUUCUUGUGUGCAAAAGGAAAUCUCGAUUUUGCCCUCCCUGCGGUGUUUACCUUCUCCCAUUCACCCAGUUGCUUCAGGCCCAGAUUUUGAGCCAUCCUUGAUUGCUCUCUUUCCUUCACUCCAUCUACAUCAUCACUAAGCCCUGUCAGCUCUGUUAUCAAAAUACAUGAUGAAUUGACAUAUU